AUGACUGUCACAGAAGCUGAUGUCUAUACAAUCACGUGUAAAUCUGUAAAAUGUUUCUGGCUUGGUGGCAAUCUGGGCGUGGUCUCUAAGGUCCUGGAGGACAAGACCCUGGAACAGCUGCCCUCAUUCCUGUGUGAACGCUGGGAUCACUGGGAGAACUUUACCGCAAUCUGGCGGGAGAUCAGGCCGUUGGGAGCAGAAAAGAAGGCUCUUCUAGUCUGGGAUGCCUUUCACGGCCGAUCAAGCCGCAGGGGACGGCUGGCUGGGUCAGACCCAGGCAGGGCGGCGGGAAGGGGCACCUCGGGCCUCCGAGGGUCCAGCUGGAAUCUGGACGACAGAAGGGGCUUCGGUUCCGGGCCUCAGCACCACCUGCAGGGAAGGACGGGCACUCACAGCCGGCGGGCGGUGCAGGUGCAGGAAGGAAAGCCGAGCUCUGGGGAUUGGCCCCUUGGCCUAAACGCAGCUUUAAGGGCCUCUUCAGAGCGUCCACUGGCCUAUGCAGGAGGCCAUCCUGUGUGUCCCCGGCUCCUGCUGCCACCCUGCUGGGAGUGGGGAGGAAGCGGUGUGGCAGCUCCUUCAGAGACUCCCCAGAGACCACAGAACCAGGUGCUAGGCGGUGGGCUGGAGUCCAAAGCCUCCCGUGAGCGGUCGCGGCCAGCUGGGCACUCAGCGCGCUGCAUUUGCCCUCGGACUUCUGUUCCAGACGGGCUGGGCUUUUCGCGGCUUCCUGGGCAGCCUGAGCCCACGCACGGGCCUUGCUGCUCCCCUCCAGAAGUAUCCUUCCUCGAUGCCCACGUUUUAUUGGACUAA